AUGAACGCAACACAUAAUGAUAAUCAAGGUUCUGAUUCGGAUAGUGAAUAUGAUUUUGUUGCUACUGAAUCAGACAAUACAUCUAAUAGUGAACAUAUAUCAGAAGAAUCUGAUCUACCAAAUUCUGAUAUUGAACAAGGUGAUGUUAUUACAGCUAGUCAACCAGAAACAUUACAAAAGGAUGAUAUUGCCGCAAUCAAUAGUAUGACAAUUUGGUUAUGUCAAAAUUCUGAAUGGAACAAAGGAAGAACAAAUACUCGUCGCAUGUUUUUGUCACAAUUGAGUAUGGCUUUGAGUGAUUAA